AAGGAAAAAAGUAUUGGAUGAAAUUAUUAGACUGUUUUUUUUUUGUUAAAUAAAGUUAAAUUUCGUAUAAAUUAAUCCUAAAAUUAUAUAGUGACGUAUAUAAAAUUGAUCAGCAAUAUUGUCGUUUCUUAAAAUAUAAAUAAUAAAAAGGUGAUCGGUGACCUGCUCAGCCUUUAAAAAAAUUGUGAGUAUAUUGUAUACUGUAUUUGUACCAUUUUUCUCCAAAGUACAACAAAUACACAAACAAUAUGUGGAAGGCAACCGCUGGUUUGGAAAUACAAAAUGCGAAUUCAUCGAUUAACGAUGCAGAUGACGAUUGGGAAACAGAUCCAGAUUUUAUAAACGAUGUAAGUGAACAAGAACAACGAUGGGGCUCAAAAACUAUAGAGGGUAGUGGGAGAACUGCGGGAGCUAUAGACAUGCAAAAGCUGCGCUUUGAAACCGAGCAAGCUGAUCAUGAGAAAAAACUAAAACAAUUGGAAGAAUUGAAUCCUGGAUAUGGUUAUGGUGGAAAAUUCGGUGUCCAGUCCGAUCGUAUGGAUAAAUCAGCUGUUGGUCAUGAUUAUCAGGGUAAAGUUGAAAAACAUGCGUCUCAAAAAGAUUAUAGUACUGGCUUUGGCGGCAAAUUUGGUGUGCAGACAGACCGUGUUGAUAAAUCGGCUGCCGGGUGGGAUUAUCUUGAAAAAGUGGAAAAGCAUGCUUCACAAAAAGAUUAUACAACAGGUUUUGGUGGAAAAUUUGGUAUACAAGCAGAUCGUGUAGAUAAAUCAGCCUUAGGUUGGGAUCAUAUUGAAAAAGUGGAAAAGCAUGAGUCACAAAAGGAUUACUCUAAAGGCUUUGGUGGCAAAUUUGGUGUUCAAUCAGAUCGUAAAGAUAAGUCAGCAGUGGGCUGGGAUCAUAAAGAAGCACCACAAAAGCACGAAAGUCAACUGGACCAUAAAAUUGGGUUCGGUGGCAAGUUUGGCAUUCAAAAAGAUCGCAUGGAUAAAUCCGCUAUUGCUUAUGAUGAAGGUACAAAGCAAGUGGGCACUAAUUACACUAAAGUGAGACCUGUUAUUGAGGGUGCGAAGCCGUCGAAUCUGCGAGCAAAAUUCGAGAAUUUAGCUAAAAGCACUGAAGAGGACACACGUAAACGAGCCGAGGAACAAAAGCGUUUACGCGAAGCUAAAGAUAAACGUGAUCGGGACGAGGCAGCCAAGCAGGCUGUUGCCGAAAAUAAGCCCCAACAACCAGCCGAAGAAAAUCGUGUACCUCCAGCAAAGGGUGUACGCACUACAAUAGUUACUGGUCGUCAAGGUGGUAUAGGCAAUGCUAUAAGUGCCUUUAAUCAAAUGCAAUCACCUAGUAAGGAGGCAACCGACACGUCGCGCAAAGAACCUAUACACAUUCCAAGAGAGCCUUCAAAAGUGGAGGAGACUAAAAACGAUAUAGAGCAAAUAAAAGAAACCAAAGUGAAGGCUGCGCCACCACCGGAUCUUAUACCUUCAAUUGAGAUACAAACAGUAGCCACUCCGCCUUCGGAAGUGCAGUCACCGGAGCCGCCUGAACGUGUCGACAUCAUAACGGAACAAACGCAGAGAGAGGAGCCUUUGUAUCAAAAUCAAGAGGAAAUUCAACAGCAAAUCGCUUCCAAUAAUAAAGUCGCAGACUCCACUACUAUUAACGCAACAGAGGUUGAAGCUGUUGCCUAUCCGAGUUCCGACAAUUUAGCUGACUACAUAGAGGACACAAACAUACAUGCUAUAGCUUUGUAUGAUUAUCAAGCAGCCGAUGAUGACGAAAUCUCUUUCGAUCCGGAUGAUAUUAUAACACACAUUGAAAUGAUUGAUGAAGGCUGGUGGCGCGGUUUGUGCAAAAAUCGUUACGGUCUAUUUCCUGCCAAUUACGUGCAAGUUGUUAAUCAAAUUCAAUCUUAAACUGAUGUUUGAAAUUCCAGUAAUGGUUUAAGAGAUUUUUGUUUAUAUCUUAAUCUUUUAUACAUCGAUUAUUAUUAUAAUUAUUUUUUUAAUAAUUAUUAAGUAUUUUGCCACUAUAAUGAUAUUCUAUU